AGCCAGCAAGCCAGCUGCGAUUACGGCUUCGCGUUGCAAGUGACAGUGCGGCCGGUGGCGAUGGAGGACGGCUCCCCACGGCCCGCUGCUAGCGACAGGCUGCCGACGGUUGGGCACUCCCGGCCACUGCACGUCCGCACGCCGUUACUGGAGAGCCUGCCGCUUUCAGAGAUCUACGGGCAGCGGGUUUAUCUCAAGAUGGACAACGUCCAGCCGUCGGGAUCCUUCAAAAUCAGGGGCAUGGGCGCCCUGUGCCAGGACGCUAAGCGCAAAGGUGCCUCCAAAGUGGUCAUAGCUUCCGGCGGCAAUGCUGGCAUGGCGGUGGCGUACGGUGCGCGCCAGCUGGGAAUGGAGUCCGUGGUAGUUAUCCCUCACAACGUGCCACGUCGCAUGGUCGACAAGCUGCGUCUUGAAGGGGCUCGCGUCGAGGUGCAAGGCAACAGCUGGGACGAUGCCGACGAACGAGCCAAGGAGAUCGUCGCCGUCCAAGGCGGCUAUUACUGCCACCCUUUCGACCAUCCCCUGAUAUGGGCGGGCAACGCCACCAUGGUGCCGGAGAUGAAGGAGGACCUGGUCGACCAGGUGCCCGCCGCCGUUGUGGCCUCGGUCGGUGGCGGCGGACUGGUGUGCGGCCUCUCGGACGGCAUGGAAGCUGCCGGCUGGGCGCAGGUGCCUAUCAUUGCCGUCGAGACGCGAGGCGCCGACUCCUUCCGGGCCUCACUGCGCGCAGGCAACCAGGUCACGCUGCCCAGGAUCACCAGCAUCGCAGCGGCCCUGGGUGUGCGCAAGGUGUGCACCAGGAUCCUAGAGCUGUACAAGACGCGCAGCAUCUUCUCCAUGGUGCUCUCCGACCGGCUCGCUGUCGACGCGUGCAACCGGUUCGCCGACGACCACCGCGCCCUCGUGGAGCCCGCGUGCGGCGCUUCGUUGGCCGCCGUGUACGCAGCGCGGGUCACCCAGAUGCGCUGCCAGAAGAGGCUCGACCCGGCGAGGCCUCUGGUGGUCGUCGUGUGCGGAGGAAGUGCUGCCUCCCGGCAGCAGCUGGAGGAGUGGACCAAGUCGGUCGCCACCGGGGCAACCAGUCCCCUCGACAGAGACCACUCGGGCAUCGACUGAGUCGGCGCCGCUUGCGCGCUUCAGGUCGACUUUGAACGCGCCCGAUGCGUUCGCUGGAGCUCUUAUAUCGAUCAAGAUUUUUCGGGCGAAAUCUCCUUGCCGUUAUACGAGGCGUUAUUUUUUUAAAAAGCGGUGACAAAUGUUUCUAUUAUCAUAGAACGCUGCCACCCAACAUUCGCGCUGCGUCUACGAUUUCCUUCCUCUGUAAGUACAGAGAAAAUAAAAGAGGAUAUUUACGGGCUA